CCUUUCUGGCUCUGCUCUUGCCUGUGCCUCCUAGUCCUAACAGGACCUCUGCUUUGAUUUGGGUAUCGUUGUUUUCACCUUUUUGUGUUACUGCGUUCUAUCUUGUGCACUUCGUUUUGUGCGUUGUGCGUUUUUUUUUUCUGGUAGCCCAGCAAGCGUUGCUUUAUUCUUUUGACUUUCUUUUCGUAUGUUUCUUCUGUUUUCGCGAUGUUCUACGCGUACGUACAUUACCCCGCCGACAAAGAGAAGGCGAUCAUGCCUGUGUGCCUGAUCAAGGAUUAUAAUCCAAAAACGGAGACUGACAUCCCUAGUGAACCGGUGCAAGCGUAUUGGCGCUCCGAGGCCGGCCUUGAAGAAGGCUACUACGAGGCGAAAGUGGUCCUUCUUGCAAAAUCGAAGAGGGCACUUCUCGAGGAGAUGGCCCACAAGAAGCGACUGGUUAUUCCCCAGAUUUUUGAGGAACCAGUGCAAUCAUUAUUCGCGAUUUGUAAUGCUAAAAACCUGAAAAGAAGUCUUGGGGAUGUCUAG